AUGGCCCUGCUUGUGCUUGCUGCCGCCGUUCUGGCUGCGGCGGCUUUGUAUCAUUUCAUUCUCUACCCGCUGCUCUGGAGUCCAGUGGCCAGCAUCCCAGCGGUUCAUCCGCUUGCGAAGAUAUCUUCUCUUUACAUGCUUUGGAUACGAUACUGGGACGAUGAGAACGAUACUGUGUUCGCCGCCCAUGAAAAAUAUGGCCAAGUGGUCCAACUGGGCCCUCAAGAACUCUCAGUCAAUUGCAUAGAUGACGGGAUCAAGACUGUCUAUGGAAAGAAUUUCGAUCGCCACUACUUUUACCGUGUAUACGAGGACUGCGGCAGACAUAACCUGUCUUCGAGCCUGGAUGCCACCUCUCAUGCCAUUCGUAAAAGAAGAGUCACUCAUAUCUUCUCCAAGUCCUAUCUGUACACAUCUCCCGCUCUGUCCGGUUUGCUAAAUCAAAUUAUUCGGUAUCGUUAUCUUCCAUUGGUCAUCGGAUACGCCAUGGAACAACAGCCGUUCGACACCAUGAUCCUCUUUUCUGCAUUGGCCAUCGACGUUGUGACCGGUUACACCUUUGGCACGAAAGCUGGCACGAACUUUUUGAAUGACAGAACCCAGCAUGCGAAGUGUAUUCAUGAAAUUCAUAAAGGACGUCCGUAUCCGAUGAUGUUCUGGCUCCACGAAUUCCCUGGUUGUAUAUCCUUUCUGGAAAGUAUUGGCUUCCUUUCCAAGGAACGAUAUAAGAGUCUAGAGGCUCUACAUAUGUUCUGUCUGGACAUGUGCGAUCGCGCUGAGAAUGCCCUCGCCGACCCGGGCUCCGACAAUACAGCACCAGAAGAGGUACCCACUGUAUAUCAGCAGUUCAAAUAUACACUCGACAAGGAGGGCUUGAGCUCUACGCCAUCUUUGAAAGUCCUCGAAGGCCACAGGCCUAUUUCCUGCUCUCCUCAGCAGCUAGAGAUUGCGGCCGAGGUCUGUGACCAAAUCCACGCCUCGGACGAAACAUUGGCCAUCACCUUAACAUAUGCUGUGUGGGAGCUAUCUCGUAACGUGGACUUACAGCAACGGCUACGCCGGGAAUGUCAGGCACUCGGACCUGAUAUCCGCACAGAUUCGUCUGCUUCCCUACCUGCGCCGAGCUUGGUUGAUUCACUCCCACUGCUGCAUGCAGUGGUGAUGGAAACACUGCGUGUACACCCUACUGUAGCUGGCGGACAGGCUCGGGUCACCCCAUACGGCAAGCUCAGCAAAUUGGGAAGAUAUGAGAACAUUCCUGGAGGCUACAGAGUUCAGAGUUAUGCGCGAUUCCUGCACGCCAAUCCUGCCGUGUUCCCCGAUCCGAACGUCUGGCAGCCUGAGAGGUGGCUUCAUUCAGGAGCGAAGACGGACUUGUAUGGCCCGGAUGAGAAGCUGAGAUGGUUCUGGGCAUUCAGUUCGGGCGCAAGAAUGUGUCUUGGAAGCCAUCUUGCGCUACUUGUGACGAAGUAUGUUCUGCUUUUCACGUAUUCAAAUUUCGAAACGUACGUUGUGAACGACGAAGGGAUCGAGCACAUGAAGGGCUAUGUUGGUGGACCAAAGUCUGGCAAAAUGAUGGCAGGCGUUAGGCCUAUUCCUUUCUUUGCGAAACAGUGA